CAUAGUCUGGUUAUUUAAUGAAAAAUACAUUAUGAAAUGACAAAUCCUAUGAUACCAUGAACGCAGAGAUGACCGUUACUACACUGGGUGUUACAUUAGGGUUACAUGGAAACGUUGCGGAUAAAUACAUUGAGCAUCUGUUAUUAGUUUUGGUAAUUGAAGAGUGUAAUUUUUGUUCAAAAGUUAUCGAUUAGUUUAUUUGUUAGGUCACCGAUAUUGAUUGUGAUUCACUCAAAAUCCGGAGAUUUCAGUGAUUUGAUGAAGGAUAUUCCACUUCAUGUUUCCAUGUUUCAUAUCUUUGUUAAUGUUGAAUACCGUCCUUGGUUAAAUCUUAUUCGGAUUUAUUCAAUGUAUAAUGGGAGAUCAAUUACUUUUCGAAAAUCUUGACGAGAAGCUAGAGGAUGAAGAUGGAUUUAUUACUGCUAGUUGGUUAUCUAUCGCUUUCGACUUAAAUAUAGAUGCAUCGAGACGUUUGAUGGCGGCAUAUCUCCAGGCACGUGACAACUUGUCAUCUGUAUAUCUACUGACUGGGAUUAGUAAACAAAAUGAUAUAUUAGUUAAGUUGGCCAAUUCAGACCAGUUAUCACUGGCUCAGAAAUCGUUCUCGUUCCCACCUAAAUGUGUUGUUUAUUGUAUACAACGCCGACAAUGCAAGGAUUCUUUAUCAUUGGCUUGCUACGAUUUAUUGCAUAAUAUUUCUACAGAUCAAUUAAAAAGAUUAACUAGUAUUCCGUGGGAGUCAUCUUCUGAUCCACCGUCAUUGCGAGAAAACCAAGAGACUGCACAGAAAGCACCGGAACAUGUUGAUUCUCCUGUGUUACCGAGUCUUGCUACCAGUGGAUGCAAUAAAAAAAUUAAAACUUCAGAUUUCAAAAACUUUUUCAGUAAGAUUGAAAAGUCUGCCCCGGAUGAUAGAACGCUUGAAAAUCAUUUGGCACCAAGCACUAAAAAUAACAUAAUUUCUAAGCCAGUAGAAAGUGGGAAACUGAACGUAUCGGACGAAGACGAAGAAUUUGGUUUGAAAACUACAUAUUCUUCACAAAAGCGGAAAUGUAUUGUCAUUGAAUCCGAUGAAGAAAAAGAAGAGGGUAGUACAAUGCCUAAGGAUUGCGUGUCUACUAAUUUACUUGAUUCUAAAGCAAGUACGAAACUUAGGAACAAUGGUAUACAGAAAAAACGACCUACUCGUAGCAAAGAUAAACUGAAAGUAUUAGCUUCUGAUUCAGAAGCUGACUCAUUUUUCAUCGAGUCUACACAGUCUGAAAAAUCACCCGAUGAUGUUAAAAAAGUCAGUGUUAAAACUUCGUCAACACCGAGUAAGUGUGAAGAAAAUUCAAGGACUGAGAAAUCUAGCAGUGCUGCUCAUUCAAAUCGUAUUCGUCACCAAGUAAUGAAAACGUUUGCAGAUGAAGAUGGCUUUAUGGGUAAAAUAAACUUUUCCGAAACUAUUGUUAAUAGUGGACAAUUAUGUGGUUGAUUUUACCACUGAAUUGUAUGAUCAUCUAAUUUUUAUUGUUAUUUCAUCACACUACAUUUGUAUUAAAAAUAGUUCUUACAACGAUGCUUUACAAGUGUGAUAUAUAUAUUUUAGUUACGGAAAAAGGCUGGGAAUGUUCAUCAGACGAUGAAACCUCUAAACCGACAACAGCACCCUCUCCUUCUUGUAUGAGUCAAAAUGAGAAAAAUGAAGGGGUUGUUCAGACUGUCUCUCUAACUGCACCACCAACGAUUCAACAGACUGUAAGUAGGAAUUAUGGUCACUUUUUUGAUUUUUCUAUCCUUCAAAAGAAAAUUACUCAGUAAUAUUAUAUAAGAUUUUUUGACCUUACUACAGCAUUAGGUGAUUUACUUCAUUACCAUUUCAUUGGAAAAAGCAUCAAACUUUCCGAUUAUUAUGAUACAUGGCUUCUGUUAAGAAAUUAAUAUCUGAACAAGUGGGUUAAAAACAUAUCACUUGGAGAAAACCGGUGUUUGCUUUGUUAAUCCUCUUAAAGCAAUGAUGAAACCCCUAGAUAACCAAAGCUAGGUUAUUAUUUAUUUAUUUAUUUUAACACAUAGGUUUACACUUUUAGGUGAUGCUAAUAACUUAAUUUUUAAACACUCCGAAUGAAAUCUCUUGGCCGUGGCGGAUGUCUUUAAACUGCGAAUCUCCAGAAAAAGUAGUUAACCUUCACUUGAAUACAUUUUUUAUUCCUCGUCAUUGAAAAGUGUGAUAUCGUUUGUCACCAUACAGUAGAUGUUAUCUGUAGCUUAUUACGCUUUUGGCGCUCCGGCAGUAUCCUAAACGCUCAUACAAAUCGAAUGCCGAAGUUUGGCGCAUAUGAAUUUUGGUGCCCAAAUAAUUACAUGCACUUUUAUUUAGUUAUUAAUCGAAGGUAAGUAAAAUGGUUAUCUAUAAUACCGAUGGUUGAAAAUACUCAAACAAGAAGAGUCCUCUGAGUACUUACACUUGUAUGUACUGUUCAUCAAACUACGAAUUUAUUUAAUUCUGGUUUGGGAAUUUUAAUUUGAAGUGUAGAUCUUUUAAUAAGGGCUUUUCCGUAUUACUUAGAAAAUAUAAACUAGUCAUGAUGCAUUUAAAAUCUCGUUUUCAAACUUAUUAAGAAUAAAAAGGGACUAGCGCACAGCCAAGCGUUUUGUUGUGGUGGCUGUAAGAUUGGAUUCAUGGUCAUUAUGAUAACAAUUUACUAGUGUAUGACACAUAAUUUAGUGGCAGUAUACUGCUGUUUUUACGUUGAUAAUGUCUAGGAAACAAGCUGUUGUUAUUUUUUAAAUAUCAUAUUGGGAAAUAUUUUCUUCAACUUGAGCAGUUAGUGUGAAUUAAGCUUUCAGUAUUUUGGUAUACAAUUUCUACAGAAACUCCGCAACGACAGUUGUUAAACUCUAUUAUUCCCAUCUGAGGUUGUGAAUCAACACAUCAAGGUGUAAAUGUUUUUAACGAAUACUAAAAUUCUGGUUAAUUUUUCAUGAGGUUUGGUUCCAUUUCAAGUAAAAUGUGAAUUCUGUUCAAACAAUUCAUACUACUUAUAAGUAGCUAAGGUUAUCCGCAACAUUUGUUUCACACUUCUUCACAUUGUUUAUUAGUGUUGCUUCCACAGGUAUGAUAUUCUAAUUUUUUAUGUUUUGAUUCACUUUACUUUUACAGAAGCCACCCAAACAGUCAAGCAAAAAGAACAUGAAUAAUAAGCCGGCAGCUAGUAAACAAGCUUCAUUGUCAUCAUUUUUCAAGCCUAGUAAUACUGUAAACUAAUUACUUGAAGAUUCAAUUGUUAAUUAUUUUCUGUGAUUCUCUUAUGGAAUCUCUGUAUAAAAACGAUUUAUUUAAAAAAAUUAGAGCAUUUUCUGUGUGCCA